UGUGAUCGUGAUGCAACAUCAGCAGCUUCUCUCAGCUCGUCCUCUUUCGUUUCCCAUGAAGCCACGCGGCUUAGAUGUCUGCUCACGGUGCUGAAGCUGCGCGUGCCGGGGUGUGAGAGAGAGAGAGAGAGAGAGAGAGAGAGAGACGCUGAGCUCAGUAGUCGCGCGAGGCAUCCGUGCCUCCCUCCUCCUCCUCCUCAUAAUCAUAACGAGAAAACAGUCCAGGAGAAUAACACGAUUAAAAGAAAAGAGAAGAAACAUAAUCUCCUACUGCUUUUUUUUAUUCUCCGUGACAUUCUGCGGGUUUUGGUAGACGUGCACCUGUUUUCAUAGUCAAGGAUUUUUUUUUUUUCGGUGCGAGGUCGGCGUUAUCAGCGCACCGCGUCCUUUAUGCACAGCACGCUGCUCCAGCCUGUAAAGCGGAGCCAGGCCGCGGGUGGAGACGGAGCCGGAGCCGGCGGCGGAGGAGGAGGAGGAGGAGGAGUAGGUGGUGGUGGUGGUGGUGGUGGAGGAGGAGGAGGCGAAGAACCCGGAGCACGAAGCGCAGAGAUGGAGGCCAAAAUCCAAAAGGCGGUCGACUUCAAACUGGAGGGUCACCGCUGCUACAAGGAGAAGAAAUUCCGCGAAGCCAUCGGAAAGUACCACCGCGCGCUUCUGCAGCUCAAAGGCGUGCAGGUGGCGGCGGGCGGCGGCGUCGGAGACGUGGAGCUGCUGAACCGAGCCACCGCCGAACAGCUCUCCGAGGAGCAGCGGCGCGCCGUCAGGAGCACCGAGAUCGAGUGUUACGACAGCCUGACAGCGUGUUUGCUUCAAUCAGAGCUGGUGAAUUACGAGAGAGUGAAGGAGUAUUGUUUGAAAGUCCUUGGUCAUCAGCAAGACCAUUUCAAAGCCAUGUACCGUGCCGGCAUCGCCUUCUACCAUCUGGGAGACUACGAUUGCGCCCUGCGCUACCUCCGCGAUGCCAAGAGCCGUGAACCUACAGACACAAAUGUGUUGCGAUACAUCCAGCUGACGGAGAUGAAGAUGAGUAAGAGCAGUCAGCAAGUGCGAGAAAGCAACAAAGAGGCUCUGGGUUAAUCUUUGCCCAUUCCCUCUGUUCAUUUGGCCAUCCUCUCCACAAAUCUCUCCCUCCUUUUCCCUCUACACCCUUCAUACUAUGGACUACCAGGACCCCUGUACUGUGCCCUUCAGUGAAGAUGGACUGCUUUUGGCACAGAAGCCCCUCGACUCGCCCUCCCGCUCUGAAUCCUCUCUGUCCCUUUAAAACCAAACCGCCCCGGUGCUUUCAGUUUCCCAGGUACUGACUGACAAAACGAUACGGAAAAACAACAACAACAACAACAACAACAACAAAGCAACAAGAAUCAAUGAAAAUCUGUAGGAAAAUUCACACGGACCUGAUAAAGGACCUUCUACAGUAUAUGUUAUUGGGGAGGUGAACGAGCCGUGAAGUGUAGCUAUAGAGCGGUGGAGGUGUAUUACUGUGUGGCCACCAUCUUUAAUUAUAAAAGAGCACACAUAUCAAAACCACAGUGCUACACCAGUACAGAUGCUAAAUAGGGCCUAGGAUUAAGCAGAUGACCUUUGAACUCAAGCACACUCCAUCGCACACCUUCUUCCUGGUUGAAGGGAGCAGGAGAGAAAAUGCAAUUCCCUCUCGCCGGAUACUACUGAUCUCUUUGCCUGCGUUUUCAUUUAUUCCUGGUUGCAUUUUUUUUUCUUUCCCUCUCCUUCUCUCACUUUCUCAAAUGUGGCUGUAUUUAAUCUUUUCUGAACUGUUUCAAUUCAAGGGCUAAUUCCAAGGUUCGUAAUUCGUCCUUUGAUUUCGAGCACGUUUUCUUUGCGUUCGCUGCUCGUCGUACAAUAGUAGCAUUUGUUUAGGCAAGUUUGUGAUGUUGUUUUUGUUUUUGUCUUCCUCCAAGGAACAAAAAAAAGAAAAGAAAAAGCAAACGCUGCCCUGAAGUUAACAGCUGUUUUGUGAGCCCGUGUCAUUGAUUUCCUUUUGCUCCUGGCAGAACGUAAGACCCCGCCCCCUCUCGGAGAUUGACCAAUGACAGUAUUUCUGAACGUGACAAAUUCUGCAGGGUUUUAUAGACAAGAGUUAAAUAUUAUAGUGCAGACUUGCUCAUAUGCUUUAUGCUUUAUGUAGUCCCAUCUGGAUUACUGUGUGCCAUGCGAUAUCAAGUGCCACUAUUAAUGAUGUUUUAUUUUUUGUUUUUUUUUAAUGAGCCUUGCAAAUCAACUUUUAGUGCUCUUUUAUACGUUCCUCGAACUUUUCAUCUCUGUCUCCUUGUCGCAAAUUGAGCAAAAGAAAGCAAACGUCUCGACAGACUUUCAUUGUAAUGAUCUCACUGGCUCUCAGUGGCUUCAGCUAGGCAUCGGGUUUAAUACGGAUCUGAUCAUUUAAAUCAUCGUCAUCAAUGAUCAACAGCCCAAAUUUACAGCGUCCAUAAUUAAUCUCGAUCUCCAAUUGUUUUGCCCUGUAAAAGAACCUGUCUGCUAUUAAAUCACAGGUAGCCGUAUAAUUCACGUCUAAAUAACAACGUAGUUCAGUCACUCUUAGUUUCCAGUUUGCAUUAGCAGCCACAACUAGUCGGCUGAGACAUUUCUGUCUGACCUGAGAGAUAAUGGUGUCAAUGCGACUCUGGGGGACGCCGAGCAUGGAUACAGACAAGGAUAGACUCUGACGAGAUGUGGAACACUGAGAUGGGAGACUCUGAGCCACUGUGUUGGUGAGAUAUAUUAUGAUUGCUUUCAACUCGAUGAGGCACAGAGUGACCUGAGAACCAAAAUGCUUGCUUGCUCUCUUCACAGCUCCAUGACUCCCCAGGUUGUUGUUGUUUUUUGUUUUUUUGUUUUUAGAUCUUUCUGUAUCAUGUUUGUCACCCUGACUUUUGGAUUUUUAUGCCUUUAUUUAUUUACUUAGUUAGUUAGUUGAUUACUGAGUUUUUUUUUAUGUAAAGGGCAAAGACGAUAGCGAUGCAUCAGUGGAGUCUGGGUCAUUAGCUCUUUUAAACGUGUCUCGUAUGUCCCCGUGUGCUGGCUGUCUUUGGUCAAAUGGUUACGACAGGAUUGUGUGAUUGCUGUCAUGUGACGGCAUCCGAAGCACAAACUAAGAGGUCGGAUGGAUGAAAGUGAAGCAGUUAGCCGUGCUCGUUUUCUUUGAUGUCACUUGAGGUAGGUGUUCGUUGACUGUUCAAAUAGAUAAGUGUGUACAAGAAAAAAAAAAAAGAAAAAAAAAACAAUGGUUGUGGAGAGCUUUACUUUACGGAAUUGUUUUAUCGAUAUAUGAGAAAGAAAAUUAAAUAAGAUUAUGAAAAAAAUAAAUAUAUAUAUAUAUAUAUAUUUAAAGAUCAAAAAGGGGCACCUUUGUAUCUGUGUAUACGUUCCAAAUUUUUCUCUUCUGUUUAUUGCCUUUUUCUGUGAUGUCAAAACUUCAGUCUUGUCUAAAUCGCAGUCCAAGGGUUUGGGGGUAUGACCUUUGACCUCCCAAGUGGGAUCCUAAGAGUGAUAUAAAGGUAUAAUUGGAAUAAUAAUAAUAAUAAUAAUAAUAAUAAUAAUAACAAUAAUAAUAAUAAUAAUAAUGAUGAUGAAGGAAGUUGUUAAAGGGGUGAGGGUACCCUGCAGACCUGAACACAAAUGACCGACUGGUUCAUUGGUUUCUUAUUUCAUUCAUUCGUCUGUUCUGGAGAGAGCGACUCGGACCUUCUGGUUGUUAUGGUUCUUAUCCCACCGUCUUACUGGUUCACGUUUUGCCCCCUCAGCAAGAGUGUCUCAUCGGAAGACCUGAGAACUGGUUACAUUUACCUGCAAGCCCAGGAAUGCACUAUUGAUAUGUAUUUGAAGACAAAUAAACU